AUGGAAGCACUGAAAGAGACAACAAAAUCAAAUGAGACAAUCAUCAGAAAAGUUGGUAAUAUACUAUGUGACUGCCUGAAGUCACUGUACGGCUGCCGCCCGUGCAACUUUUAUAAAAACCAGAUUGCAGUUUUACUUGUCCAAUCAUACCCGAUUACGGCUGCUGAGUCAACUGAAACGCCACAGGCAUUGUGGUUCCACCCACAUGCUAGGGGAACCAAUCGGCAUGCAGGACGCAUUCAUUAUAGAAUGAAGUACCUCUCCCGAAAAUCUGAAGAACGCGUAACCAAGCGCCGACGAAUCGCAGACCAGGAAGAAGAUGUCCAGCUCAUUUCUCCAGCAGCACCUGAAGAUAUCGAUAAAGCUGAAAGCGAGUUGAAAUUCAUUAUUCCAAACUCUCAGAUGAAAUCCAGAGUGAUCGAGUUAUGGAAUGCAACGUUCAAGAUGCGACAUCAAUACCGUAUCGAAAACCAGUUCAUCGGGUAUGCGGCAGAUUUUCCGGUUAUAACCGCCUACAAUGGAGAAUUGCUAACCAUGGAUUUUAAGAUUAUUCAUCAGAAAGCAGCAGCGUUUCUGGACAAAUGGGAUAUUUUGGAACCAAAGAUAAGUGUUCGUUAUCACAACCUUUUCAAGGAAUUGAAAAACGGUAUGCAAAUGCGCUGUCAGUCAAUGCUCGGGCGAAAUGGGCCAUCGCACUACGAUUUGGUUUCCAAUCCAGCAGAUCCAACAGCCCCUGCCGGAGAUCGCUUGUUCUCCUGGUGCCACACCGCGGUGUUGUAG